CGUACAUGUCGUCUAGUACUAGCAGUAGGAGGAUAUAUACGCCUCCAAAUUCAGUCAGGUAACCCAAAAGGCAAAAGCGAUGGUAUCCUGUUCGUUUGGUCAAAGUCAACUCGCCGUAGCAAGUCAACACGCGCCAUGGAAAUUUCACUUGACCAUGGCUACAAUGCUGCCUUGCGGUUGCGGUGGAGGACGAACCGAGACUAGUUUCACCAUCUUCUCCUCUCGAUCGCUGCCCUCAAGCUCAAGGGUUGGGGGGUCGUCGUCUCCGUCCCCGAGCUCAGACUCAGACAGAUGGAGGAGGAGCGCCCGCCCGCCGCGGGGUCCGGUGGCUUCGUGGUGUGGCUGCACGGGCUGGGCGACUGCGGCCGCGCCAACGAGUUCAUCGCCGACCACUUCUCCGCGGCCGCCUUCAGCGACGCCCGCUGGGCCUUCCCCACCGCGCCCACCGCCCCCGUCACAUGCAACCAUCGGUGCCCGCGCCAUCACCAAUUUAGCAUGCAUGCGUGAAGAAAUCUGUCAGGGGUGAGGAGGAUGUGCUGAGAGCUGUGCAGAUCGUGCACACCAUGAUCGACAGGGAAAUCGCGGCCGGAACAGACUCGGGAGACGUGUUCGUGUCCGAUCGCCCGGCACACAGUCCGGCCCGGCGGAGUCUCUUCCUCCGAUGUCCGAUCGCAUAGCUAUUGGUUAAACAGGGGCGGACCAGAAUCGGAGACGAACCGAAUUAGAGACGGUUUGCACGUGGCUGGGGUGGGAUAUAAGAAAGGGGAGGGACGCCCACGCCAUGGAGCUCAACGAUCCUGUAUUUUCUCCUUGUCUAAGAAAAAGAGUCUCGCAUCUCGCGACGCAUCUCCAUAUCCAGAGACGAGAGUGCGAGCACUGAGCCGGUGGCGGUGUAGGGUAGGGUAAGGGAGGCGUGCACUUGUUGCUGGUGCAGCCGCCGCUGGUGUUGCUUCUGCAUGGCGGCGGUGGAGAAAGAGGAUAUAGAGCAGGUUCGCGCUGCGCAGAUUCUCAUCAACCUCCGUUACAGGAAGCUCCAGAGGUGGCCGGAGUGGGUCCUGAUGCAGCCGUCGGAUGAGGCCUCCUCUUCGUCCGGCACUACGCUGGUGGCGGCAAAGGUGAUGCCGCCAUCGGGUGAGGCCUGCUCUUCAGUCAGGACCGUGGCGGCGGCGGUGCCGCCCCAGAGGCAGUUGCCAGAGUGGGUCUCGAUGCACUCAAGUGAGGCCUAUUUCUCUUUGGCCGGGACUAUAGCGGCGGGGGUGCCAGAGCGGUGGCCAAAGGCUAAGAGAUCAAGGCCGCGUGGCGAGACGUCCAAUGAGCUGCCGAAGCAUGGCCAUGCCGCUGUCGCUGCCAAGGGAUCCGGCGCGCCACGAUCCACUGAGCAGGAAAGGUGCGCCGAGAUGCGAGCGGCAUCGGCGCAGCGGCGAACGGUGGUGGCCGCGCUCUCCUACGUCGCAGUGGUCGGGUCUGGGUCCGACCCAUCGACCAGCGUCGCGCCAGCCAAGGAGCCCAUGAAGACGCCCAGCCCAUACGUCGCAGUGGUCGGGUCUGGAUCCGACCCAUCGACCAGCGUCGCGCCAGCCAAGGAGCCCAUGAAGACGCCCAGCCCAAAUUCCCCACUGGACCUGGACUGCGGCGCCCGCGGGUCUGGCAUGCCGUCGAGCGCGAAUGACGCCGCGCCGUCGCCGGCACGGCCGCAGGCAAAGCGAAAGGGCACCGGCACCCUGGGAUCUAUCGACGGCGACGGCGAGGGCUGCAGCUCGCCGGCGAAGCGUGGGCCGGUGGCCCAAGAGGAGAAGCCGAUGCCGAUUUCGGUUGAACCAAAUAUGCAAAGCGAAAUACGUGCGUCCAACGACAAGGGUGCACCACUCCCGUUCCCGUUCGACCUCAACCUGCUUCCAAUGGAUGAGGACGCCACCUGA